AUGGCUACCCCGCAGACAGCACUGGAUGCUCUCCGCCAAAGGACCAUUGUCGACUGCGAUACAAUGGAUGAGCAAAUUGCCAAAUCCUUGGGCCCCUUCCAGGAUUGCACUUCCAACCAGGCAAUCGCAUUUGGAGAGCUCUCCAAACCCGAGCACAAAGACCUGAUCACCGCAUCCGUCAAAGAAGCAAUUGAGCUAUCUCCCAAAUUCCCCGGGCCCAGCGUCGAGGAAUUGGCCGUCGAGAUUGCAACAAUCAAACUCGCCCUCAAGAUCGCCCCUCACAUCACAGGCUACAUCCACAUCCAGACAAACCCGUACUACUCCUACUCGACCACAAAGACCUUCACAAAUGCGUGGAGAAUCAUCCACCUCACCCAGCACCUCGCCCCAACCCUCCCGCAAUCGCGCAUCUGCAUCAAAAUCCCCAGCACCUGGGAGGGCCUACUCGCCUGCUCACUCCUCGAAGCCUCCGGCGUGCGCACCCUCGCCACCACCCUCUUCACACUAACCCAAGCCGCGCUCGCCGCCGAGGUCGGAUGCACCUAUGUCGCGCCCUACGUGAAUCAACUAAAGGUGCACUUUGAACCGGGGAUCCAAACCUACUACCACGCCAUCAACAGCCGCACGCAAGUCCUCCCCGCCAGCCUGACCUCCACAGACGAGAUCCUCGCGCUCGCCGGCGUGCACCACAUCACCAUCGCGCCGGGGCUGUUGCAGCAACUGGCCGCGCUGCCGGCUUCGGCGGCUGCUACGGUCCCGAAUCUCUUCGAGACUACCCCGCCCAUCAGCUACGACGCACCGGGAUCGUUCCGGGACGAUGAGGCGGGGUAUCGGCUUGCGUUUGGUCGGGAGGGGCGGGGGGAGAGUGAGGGGAAGCUUGCGCAGGCCGUGAGUAUCUUCUGUGAGAUGCAGGAUCGGUUGGUGCAGAUGAUGGGGUUGGUUUUGAAGGGGGGUGCGUAGUAAGGAUGUAGUCUGGACAUAUGGGGCUGUACUGUACUGUACUGUGCCGUAGGUUGGUCGUCCAGGGAAGAUUGUAGACCACCGAAUAGGCCAGGGGUCUUUCUCUGCGGUACGAUUGAGAAGAUUGGGGAGAGGCAGUCGCCCAGCAGAGACAGAUCUCAUAUCAGAACAUACGGCACCAAACCAAGUCGCAGUACACAGAAUCAGAAACAAUUCUGAUGGUAUCUAUAAUGAAUGCCUGC